AACAGUUUAAAAUCAGUGCUCCCCUCCCCUCCCACUUGCUCUCAUUCCUUCACGGACCCAGGAAAGGCUGGAAACACUGUUAACAACUAUCUAAGUUUAAUCUGCUGUGUUCAUGGAUCUGGCCACAUUUAACACGUUGGAGCCACAGUACCGUCUGCAGUUAAAGGAUCUGGUCCAGGCUGUGAGUGGUCCACUGACAAAUGGACUGUGCUCCUUUCACAAAGUGUCAGAGAUGCUUCUCAGUGUAGACGGAGACAUUAUCCAGCCUGAAUCCCAAGUUUAUCAUGACAUCAGAAAACUUAUUCAGGAUGUAAAUGAUCAGAUGGAAAAGUCACAGCAGAUAGCAUCAAGUAGACUUCAGGACGUUGACAGAGAGACAGAACGUCUGACUGUAGACCUUCUCAGCUUUACCAAUUUGAAAACACAAAGAGAGAGUGAGUUAAAGAACAUGGAAAAGCAGCUGCAGACACACAAAUUCUCUUUACAACAUUACCGUCAAGCUCUCGAGACAGAAAAAGGGUAUUUGAAGGAAGCAGAAGAAAAACGAGAUGAGAUGAUGAGACGAAAACAAGGAGGAGAAGUAAUGACUGGUGUAGGUGGUGGUCUGUUAGUCAUCCCUAUUUUUGGUUGGAUUAUUGGUGGAACUCUGCUUGGUGUUGGUAUAAAUGAGAUGAAUCAGGCCUCUGAAGCUGUGACCAAGGCUGAAGACGUGGUGAGAAACUCUGAGUCUCAGGUCGGGCUUUACCUGAACAAAGUUUCGGAGUCCCAGGCUGCGAUUCACAAAACUGAGGGUGACAUUCAAAAGGCGAAUGAAAAUAUUCAAACCUCAGAAAACCAAUUACAACGGGUUUCCCAGACCAGGAACUCCAUUGCCUACGUUCAAGAAAAGAUUAGAUGUGCUGUGACUCAGCUGGACCAGUUGUGUGCUGUGGCAGAACUACAGACCCGGUAUCUGAUCAUGGUGGAGCCUUUGAUGAAGGUGAUGGAGGAGAUGACAACAGCACUGGGUCAGAUCAGUGGAGGAGACCUGCUGCACAGGGAAGGCAUACUGUACUUAAUGAACAACAUAAAGCGUAACCAUGAAAAACACAUGGCACGUCAGAUUAAAUGUAUCACAGUUGAAGACAAUUAUUAUUAAAAGUUUUCACUCUGUCAAAGCUGUUGCUCUGCUUGUAAAAAUAAAAGUUUGCCCAUCAAAAUAAAAGAUUAACAAAGAUUGUGGCGUUGAAGACAACACAUUCGUCUUACUGUUUAAUUUUAGUACUCCUUUCUAUGACAUCAGACAACGUCACUCAUAGAAAGUGUAUAUGUUUGUCAUAAAGGUAGCCGUGAAUGACAUUAGUGAUCUGCCAUAAUAAUGAACAAACAUCAGAACACUGAAUGGGCAAUUUACAUCACUGGUUUCAAAAGACAUGAACUCAUUACUUUAGUAGUUAUUUAUUUUUAGAUUUGUAGAUAAUGACACUAGGGAUGUUGUCAUGUACCGUAUUACAUACAUUGUAGUCUAAAGGCAAAAGAACAAGAAACAGUGAUACAAAGAGAGGAACUGGUUAAACACAUUCAUCAUUUUAUCACCCAGAUACAGUAAAUUGUUCUUGUAUCUACCAGACUGUUCACAAGAGAAGCUUCUAAGUACUAUUAAAAAUUAUAAAUUGUGAUAUAAGCAUGGACAUUAUACUUUCACUAUAUGAGUGUGGAUUUUAAAACUAUGCAACCUCUAAUCUACAGUGCUAAAAUGAAUAACAUUGGAUUACUUUAAAUUGUAA